GGCUUUUAUAAAAGACGCCGUCGUCCUCCCCUCCCCUCCCCCUCCCCCUCCCCCCCAUCGCCGCCGUGCCGGACACAGCCAAAAAGCGUCCUCCGCUUAGCUAGCAACCACGAGCACACACGAUCGAAGCAGAGGAGAGGAGCUUGCCGGCGAGCUUGAUCGUUGCAGUAGUGUUGCUCACAGCACGACGGCGACAAUGGCAGCUCGUGCCGUUGUGCUGCUCUAGGAGGAGGAGGAGGAGGUAGCUGUGCGGUUCUUGGUCCUGCAGCGUCGGCGCCAUUGGGGGUGGUGGACGUGAGGUGAGGUGAUCGGGAGGGCGAGCGAGGAGGAGGAAUGGCGUGCGGGAAGGUGGUGUUGGUGGUGCUCGUGUUGGUCGGUCUCGCGGCGGCGGCGAGCGCCGGGGGGCACAGGAGCGGGCGCCGGGGCAAGUCGGCGCGGCUGCAGCUGCUCCCGGCCGCCCCGGACGCGUCGCUGGCCCAGCGGGCGAGGGACGACCGGCACCGCCACGCGCACAUCUCCGCCAGGCUGGCGGCGGCGCGGCGGCGGCGCUCGGAGGAGACCUCGCCGUCGUCGGCCGGGGCGGUGGCGGCGUCGGCGUUCGCGAUGCCGCUCUCGUCGGGGGCGUACACCGGCACGGGGCAGUACUUCGUGCGGUUCCGCGUGGGCACCCCGGCGCAGCCGUUCGUCCUCAUCGCCGACACCGGCAGCGACCUGACCUGGGUCAAGUGCCGCGGCGACGGCGCCGCCCCAUCGGCUUCACCCUCCCACGCCUCGUCGCCAUCGCCAUCGCCGUCGCCGCCGCGGGUGUUCCGGCCCAGCGACUCCAAGACAUGGACACCCAUCCCGUGCUCGUCGGAGGCGUGCAAGUUGUCCAUCCCCUUCUCCCUCGCCAACUGCUCCAGCUCCACCGCCGCCUGCUCCUACGACUACCGGUACAACGACAACUCGGCGGCGCGCGGCGUGGUGGGCACCGACUCGGCGACGGUGGCGCUCUCCGGCGGCCGCAGCGACCGGAAGGCGAAGCUGCAGGGGGUGGUGCUGGGGUGCACCGCCGCGUACGACGGCCAGGGUUUCGAGGCCUCCGACGGCGUGCUCAGCCUCGGGUACAGCAACAUCUCCUUCGCGUCGCGCGCCGCCGCGCGCUUCGGCGGCCGCUUCUCCUACUGCCUCGUCGACCACCUCGCCCCGCGCAACGCCACCAGCUACCUCACCUUCGGCACCGGCCCGGACGCGUCGUCCAGCUCGGCCUCGUCGGCGGCGGCGCGGACGCCGCUGCUGCUCGACGCCCGCGUCCGCCCCUUCUACGCCGUGACGGUCGACUCCAUCUCCGUCGACGGCGUGGCCCUUGACAUCCCCGCCGAGGUGUGGGACGUCGGCAGCAACGGCGGCACCAUCAUCGACUCCGGCACGAGCCUGACCGUGCUCGCCUCGCCGGCGUACAAGGCGGUGGUCGCGGCGCUGAGCCAGCACCUCGCCGGGCUGCCGCGCGUGACCAUGGACCCGUUCGACUUCUGCUACAACUGGACGUCCCGCGGCGGCGACCUCGCCGUGCCGGUGCCGAAGCUGUCGCUGCAGUUCGCCGGGUCGGCGCGGCUGGAGCCGCCGGCGAAGAGCUACGUGAUCGACGCGGCGCCCGGCGUGAAGUGCAUCGGGGUGCAGGAGGGGGCGUGGCCGGGGGUGUCAGUGAUCGGCAACAUCCUGCAGCAGGAGCACCUCUGGGAGUUCGACAUCACCAACCGGUGGCUCAGGUUCAGGCAGACGCGUUGCACCCAAUGACCACUUCACUUCACUUCAUUCGUGACCAAGAUAUUAAUAUUAUUCAAUUAUUAUUGUAAUUGUGAUCAUUUUGCGAUCGUAUUAUUAAAAAAAUGUUAAUGCAUCGGUUUCUCAAAAGAAGAAAAAAGGAAGAAGAGCGUAGUGCAACUGAAAAUGAAUUCGAGUCAAAUCUAAAAAGAGAUGUUAUGUUCGAUGAA